AUGCUCCAAGAAGCAAACUACCCAGUCGAAACACAGCGCCAAUUCCUUCUAUAUUUCAGAGAUACUAUCUGUCCACGGCUGGGAGGUCGUCCGCAGUCGAGCUCUGUUCGCAGCGGCGUCGGGUGGGAUGGAAAUCCCUUUGAAUACAGCUUCGAACUCCGGAAUACGAGCAAGAAGAUUGCGGUCAGAUUCGUAGUCGAUGUUAGUGCACUACGACCCGCUGACGACGCGCACCCGCUCAGCAUAGAGAAUUUCGAGGCUGUGCUCGAUCCACUCUCUAAAGCAACACCUGGAUAUGACGAAGCUUGGUACACAUCGUUGAAGAAAUGGUUCGUUCACGCCCAUCUCCCCAGUUCGGAACAAAAGGGUCUGAUCUCGAAGGUGGGAUACCAGAUGCCCAUGAUACUUGGCUUCGACGUCUGUCGGGACCUCCCCACAAAGGACGCAAUUCCAGUGAUGGCAAAGGUGUACUUCCCUCCAUGUUUUACCGCCGCUAGAGAAGGUAUCACACGUUGGGAGGCUGUCCGACGUGGAAUUCACCAGCUGCCAAACAUCGAGGCUCAUCCCAACGUUCUUCGCUCUCUCGCCUUGAUCCAAGAGUAUCUGAACACAAAGCCAAAAGAAUACGAAAAUGGGCCUCGCUACCUUGCGACAGACUUUGUGAUCAAAGACAAGGCACGGCUCAAAAUCUACUUCCGACACCCAGCGGUUGAUUUCGAGGAUAUAUGGGACUACUACACAUUGGGGGGUAGAAUUUCAGGACUGGACAACGACAAAGAAACGUUCAGGGAACUUAUGGCGUUCACUUCUUACAAUCCCGAUUCUUCUACGACACAAGACAGUGGCAGAGCGGACUACACGGCAGUCCAGAGGAAGAUGACUGCGAUCUACUUUUCUCUCUCCACGGAAAACCCUACUCCAGCGCCAAAAAUCUGCUUCUAUCCAGCCAACUUUGCACUUAAUGACAGUGUAAUCGGAGAGGGAAUUGACGUCUGGCUGAACAAAUAUGAAUGGAAAGACGAAGGUGAAUCAAUGAAAGAAAAAGUUGAAAAAGUAUUGUAA